ACAUGAAGCCACAAAUGCGAAAGGAACCGUCAGCCGAUCCGUUAUUUGACGUCUGGACCAUAUGAGAUGAACCGCACAUGGAUCUACACUGAAGUUGUUGGAUUUUCAUUCGAUGCCGGUGGGAGAUUAAUUUGGCAAAUGAGCUGCAUCCUCAUCAGGCUAUGAGUAUAUUUGGGAAUAUCUGACAUGGAAAGGAUACAAUCCAUCCUCGGGAAAAUCAUGCUUUUCAAAAUACUGGCAUUAAUUCUCUUACAAGGUUUCUUGACGUCCGAUGCCUUGGUCAAAUCAGAGGUUAGCCCUGGAAGUCUCCCAGACUCCAGCAGGGCGUUUGGCUCCGGGGGAUCCCCGCGUUUACAGCUCUCUGACACAGCGGAGAUAAGGUCCAGACCUAAGCGCUGCACCUGUUAUUCCUACAAGGAUAAAGAGUGCGUCUACUACUGCCACCUGGAUAUCAUCUGGAUCAACACUCCAGAACGCACUGUGCCCUAUGGAAUGUCGAGCUACCGAGGCCCUCAGCGAAUCAGACGUGCUAUUGUUGGACAGACAACUGAACAUGAGGGGGCAAAGACUCAGCGCUGCAUUUGUGUUGUGCUUGACACAGACCCCGAGUGCCGUGAUUUUUGUCUGUCAAGGUCAGUCAGAUUCUUUGUAUAAAAGUGACAUUCGAUCCUUUUCGGCCUUAGUUCUGAUUAGUUGUAUCUACACCAACUCAAGCCAAUAUAACCAAACAUGGCCGGUUUUGGACUCUUUUCCUCUAUCAGAUUUGUACAGUGUGAAUUUGAGUGCUCUUGUAUCAACUAAUAGAAAAUAUUAUCUUUUUGUUUAAUAUCAGAUAUAGAUGGAUAUACAUAGACGAAUAUUACAGUUUAUUUUUAAUUAAAUUCUGCUCUUGUUGCAUCUACGGUGAGGGAAAACCACUAUUUUAAAAUUAAAUCUCU